AUGGCGCAGCUGCUGCUGGUGCAGCGCGCGCGCGGCUGCACCGGCGGCGAGGCCUUCGCGGCCGCGCUGCGCCUGCAGCCGCCCCCCUACCCGCCGGCAGCAGUGCUGCGGCUGGGCGUGGAGCGCGGCUACAUGGCGCAGCUGCUGCUGGUGCAGCGCGCGCGCGGCUGCACCGGCGGCGAGGCCUUCGCGGCCGCGCUGCGCCUGCAGCCGCCCCCCUACCCGCCGGGUAUCCCUGGGCGCGUGCCCUGCAGCAGCAGUGCUGCGGCUGGGCGUGGAGCGCGGCUACAUGGCGCAGCUGCUGCUGGUGCAGCGCGCGCGCGGCUGCACCGGCGGCGAGGCCUUCGCGGCCGCGCUGCGCCUGCAGCCGCCCCCCUACCCGCCGGGUAUGUAGCUAGGUGUCCCCCAGCGCCCGCUAGCAGCCCUGGACGCGUGCCCGGCGGCAGCAGUGCUGCGGCUGGGCGUGGAGCGCGGCUACAUGGCGCAGCUGCUGCUGGUGCAGCGCGCGCGCGGCUGCACCGGCGGCGAGGCCUUCGCGGCCGCGCUGCGCCUGCAGCCGCCCCCCUACCCGCCGGGUAUGUAGCUAGGUGUCCCCCAGCGCCCGCUAGCAGCCCUGGACGCGUGCCCGGCGGCAGCAGUGCUGCGGCUGGGCGUGGAGCGCGGCUACAUGGCGCAGCUGCUGCUGGUGCAGCGCGCGCGCGGCUGCACCGGCGGCGAGGCCUUCGCGGCCGCGCUGCGCCUGCAGCCGCCCCCCUACCCGCCGGGUAUGUAGCUAGGUGUCCCCCAGCGCCCGCUAGCAGCCCUGGACGCGUGCCCGGCGGCAGCAGUGCUGCGGCUGGGCGUGGAGCGCGGCUACAUGGCGCAGCUGCUGCUGGUGCAGCGCGCGCGCGGCUGCACCGGCGGCGAGGCCUUCGCGGCCGCGCUGCGCCUGCAGCCGCCCCCCUACCCGCCGGGUAUGUAGCUAGGUGUCCCCCAGCGCCCGCUAGCAGCCCUGGACGCGUGCCCGGCGGCAGCAGUGCUGCGGCUGGGCGUGGAGCGCGGCUACAUGGCGCAGCUGCUGCUGGUGCAGCGCGCGCGCGGCUGCACCGGCGGCGAGGCCUUCGCGGCCGCGCUGCGCCUGCAGCCGCCCCCCUACCCGCCGGGUAUGUAGCUAGGUGUCCCCCAGCGCCCGCUAGCAGCCCUGGACGCGUGCCCGGCGGCAGCAGUGCUGCGGCUGGGCGUGGAGCGCGGCUACAUGGCGCAGCUGCUGCUGGUGCAGCGCGCGCGCGGCUGCACCGGCGGCGAGGCCUUCGCGGCCGCGCUGCGCCUGCAGCCGCCCCCCUACCCGCCGGAUGACACACUAUUUGAAGAAGAACCCCUCCCCUCCGAAGACGAAGAUGAGUGCGCUCCAAUCCCACUCGUCAUCCAACCAGAGCAAGUCCCGGCCUUGCUGACCACCGCCUUCUGCGGCGGCACCUACCCCGGAGACUUGGAUGUGGCUUUCACUGAACUUAACGCC